AUGGCUCCGGAUCUCAACAGCCUUCCGCGCACCUUCCGAGCAAACAACAUGUCGAUACCCGUGCCUGCCUCCGCUACAACAGCCAACACUUCCAGCGUUCCUGAUUCUCCUUCACAUCGCAGAACGUCUACUCAGAUGCCACCACCGCCCGUACCCAGGAUCGAAAGUCAGCCAGGCUCACCACUCAUGGACAAUACCGGCGUCGGCAUGGGCCCAGGCCCAAUACGGCACCCUCGACCUCUGAGCGCAGCGGAUCUACACCUUGAACUUGAGAAAGAGCAAGAGAACAUGGUCAACCGCUUAACAAGAGAACUACUUGUACUACGAGCCCAGACUGCAUCAGUCGCAUCAACCACUUCAUCCACAAGCGAGAUCAUUCACAAUGACCAGUACGGUGCAGGAGCGUCGAUCAUCCCUACGUCCGCUCGCCGCCAUCGGUCAUCCUCAAACUUGUCGCAGCGAUCAUCUCGAUCCCUGCGCGAGGCUCUCACAAACACACAGGCCACGAGUGUCUCUGGUGUGGCCGCACCACGAGAUCAGAGCACCCACGCCAGCAGCCGGCCGAGUAUGGAUGUGUCUCGUCCCGAGAUGAGCAGACAGAACUCUACGAGCACAGGUGCAUAUCGCAGCAGCUCGAUCAAUGCGUCUCCUCAUGUUACUCAGUCCACCCUCCAUCGUGCAUCCGUGUCGUCCAAUACUGCUGUAAGCCACGGAGACGCUGCCUACCAACGAAGUCCGAGCUACAACUCUGCGCUGGCGGCGGUCCGCUACGAGGAGGCUCAGCUGCAGCGUGCUGAGCUGGAGGCUGUGAAGAAGGAGAACGAGGCUCUGAGGGAGAAGGUCAAGGAGCUGGAGCGCAAUCUAGCAGCAGCUCAUGUCACGGGCAGCUCCUAG